GCUGAGCUGAUAAUUCAGCUGUCAUUUAAUAAAUUGCGCGUGUGUUCUUUGCAUUAAAAUUAAGCUUUUUUGCGUUUAUUGCUGUAAAAUUCCAUAUUUUGUUUAAAAUAAAACAUUAAAAAUGACUUCUGUACUAUUAAAACAAGCUAAAAUGGGAUUUAUGAGACCAAUGGUCAGCAAUAUUUUGCGUUGUGCAGAUAGCCGGCUUUAUGCCAGUGAUGCGCCACCUUCACGUACCGAAAAAACUGUCAAUACGGUGUCUUUGUUGGGUCGUGUAGGAGCCGAUCCACAAUUGCGCGGCAAUACAGCACAUCCGGUGGUGACAUUUUCCCUAGCAACUCAUACUAACUACAAAUAUGAAAACGGUGAUUGGGCCCAGCGCACAGACUGGCAUCGUGUUGUUGUCUUUAAGCCCAAUUUACGCGAUACUGUUAUGGAGUAUUUGAAGAAAGGCCAACGUGCUAUGGUUCAGGGUAAAAUCACUUAUGGUGAGAUAACCGAUCAACAGGGUAAUCAAAAACCCAGCUGCAGCAUUAUUGCCGAAGAUGUGAUUUUCUUCCGUGAAUCAUCUUAGACGUUUUUCGUUUUCAUUAUUACAUUUGGUUAUUGUUAAACUCGUAUCUUUAAGUUUAAAAACUGUUAAUACUUUUCCUUUUUGAUCAUUCAUAUUUUUAUAACAAUUCAUUAAUUUCAUGCCAAUUAACAUUAAAUUUCAUUAAAAAAAAACAUGUAAAUUACAUAUUAAAUAUGUAAUAAAUAAAA